AUGGGGAGUGACGGCAGCGCCCCUGUGCAAAGGAGGAAAACGCCAUCCUGCGAACAGUGCCGGAAAGGAGAUGAUAAAAGCGCACGGUGGAAGCCUUUCCCUCCGCUCGCGCCGGUUGCUUCCAAGCCUGCGCUCCGGGGCCUGACUGCGCCGGCAGCUCCGCAGCUGGUGUCCGAGCGCCGGCCUGAGCUUUUAACAGAUCGCCAAAAAAAUGCCGCGUUUAGUACAGCCACCCUAGCUACAAUUAAAUCGGUAAAGAUUUUUGCUCCCAAUAUUGAGCAAAGGGAUGUAGUCAAUCAUUUAAAAGGAAGUCCGACAGGAGAGAAGAGAAAUGUCUUAGUUGAAAGUGCCAGGCUGGCAAGAGGCGACAUCCAGGAUUUGGCUGAACUGAAAGUUAGUGAAUUCGAUGCAGUCAUUUUCCCUGGUGGGUUUGGUGUGGCAAAGAACCUGUGUUCUUGGGCAGUGGAUGGCAAGGACUGCACUGUCAAUGAGCACGUGAGAGCCACUCUCCAAGCUUUCCACAACGCCAAGAAGCCCAUCGGUCUGUGCUGCAUAUCCCCGGUUUUGGCAGCUAAAGUCUUUCCUGGUUGUGAGGUCACUGUUGGCCAGGAUAAAAACGUUGAUGGAAGAUUUCCCGAUGCUGAAACAGCGUCUGCUAUAGCAGAGCUUGGAUGUAAGCACGUUUGCAAAAAUGUAAAUGAAUCCCAUGUGGAUAAAGCCAACAAGAUAGUCACUACCUGUGCUUUCAUGUGCAAGGCUCCUCUGCAUGAAAUUUUUGACGGAAUCGGAACAAUGAUAGAAGAAGUUCUGAAACUUGCCUGACUGGAAGAGUGCAAAUGUCUGCAAGGAAAUCCACUCGCUAAACCUAAACAACUAGCUUCCUUUGGCUGUAUUAAUAAAAUGAUGCUAAACUUCA